AUGUCCGCUCUGGCAGACCGCCUCGCGCGGCUUGAGCAGGUGUUUCUGGAACCCUCCAUUGCACAGUCGACUGGAGCUGAAGGCUUCAUCCAUCGCAUACGACGGAUCGAGGAGACAUGCUUCGGCUCCGAGGCGUCCGGCACGCUACCCCAGCGCCUCCGUGAGCUGGAGAUCAUCACCUUCGGUGAGCACUCCGAGCACCAAGCAAAGCCUCUACCUGUGAAGCCCGAGCUGCCGGAGGUCCAGGCAGAAGAAAGUGAGCCCUCGGCGUGCGCAGCCGCGUCCACCGAGGUGGAGGAUCCCGAAGUUUCGGCCCUUCCUGCUGCCAAGCGGCCACGACACCAGGAGCCCGAGCAAGCAUUCCAGCUGUUGGGGAACGCAGGGCCGGCGGCCAGCAACCCUGCAGCUUUCAAGGAGUUCCCCCUCAGGGAGGAACAGCUGAGAUCCCUCGCUUGGAUGUAUGCGCAGGAGGCUCGCAGUGAGGGUUUGAGGGGUGGACUGCUUGCAGACAAGAUGGGAUAUGGCAAGACGGCCACAACCAUCGGCCUUCUUUCGGAAGACCGAGCCUCAAACAGCCCCAGCCCGAGGCCGUGGGGCUACAUAAAAAAUCCGGCAACUCUCAUCAUGUGCCCAGCGCACCUUGUGGAGCAAUGGGAAGAGGAGUUCUUCAAAUUCCUUGGCGCAGAAGGCAUGCAGCUCUAUCGCUCAGUCGUUCCCCACGGGAAUGGCCUCAGGCGCUUCUCAAUCACCUUCACGUUGUCCACAGACAACUUCCCCUUGGAACUGGUUCAUGGUGAAUUUAGCAAGACCUGGAUCGUGUCAGAGCUGAGUGAAGAGAUGAAGCGUCAGAAUCAAUCCAUGAACCCGAAGAAGCGGGUCGCUGCUGGUGAUGCGGUGGAGUACGUGCGGGUGGAAUCCCAGGGCAUGAUGCACGAGUUCGUUUUGAACCGCUGGUUUUGCCGGCUUUCGGAGUUGAAGCCGCUUUGCAAAGCAGGUUGCAAGGUGGAGCUUCGAAUCUUCCGUGACCGACCCAACCGAGCUCGCCUUAAGAUUACAAAGGGCACAGGGCCUCUCAAGAUCUUAGCCAUUGCCGACAUCUAUGAGAUGAAGCGCCUUAGACUCGGAUGUUUGCUGGACGACUUCCAUGUGGUCCUUGCCUCCACGCAGCUGCUGGCUUCGGACACCCACAACACUCACAUUAAGGAGACACUGAAAAUGUGGCGGCCUGCGGACGCGGCUUAUGGUCAGGUAAUGGCCGGCAAGCAGCAGGCCAUGCACGAGUGCGUGGAACAGUGGCAUGAGAAGGAGAGUUUUCUGGAGGCGGCACUCCGCACCGCGCCUGUCAUGUUCGAGACCAUGUGGUGGCACAGAGUAGUCCUCGAUGAGUUUCACGAGACGGAAUCUUGGAAGAAGGCAAUCCGUGAGGUCUUGAAGUCUAUUGGCGCCACCCACCGCUGGGGUCUCUCUGGCACUCCACCUUUGGGCGACGUGAAUUCCGUCUUGGAAGUUGCUGAGCUUCUGAAUUACGUGCAAGAUAAGAGUUCUCCCACUAUGGCACUGGCUUUCAAAAAAGGGCAGUCCAGCAAACUGAAGCAAGAGGACACGCAGCGAAAGCUCCGUGAAGAAUGUCAGACCAUGAUCCUCGGCUUCGUGCGGCAGAACUCCUCCGCACUCGUCGAAGCCAUUGCCCUAAGAGAGCACACUGAGUUCGUGGAACACACGGUAGAGGAGCGCCUGAUCUACCGUCAAGCCUGCCAUGACCACGGCGUGUUCGACCUUGAGGCUGGCUACGGCACUGCGAGCGCAGAGGUUCGGAUGCAGCUCCUCCAGCGAUGUGCUCACUUCUGCCUCCACACUGAUGCCGAGGAUGCGUCUGCGGCUGUGCGACUGCUUGGCGCGAGCAAGCGUGCUCGCAUCCAGGCUUUGCGCCGGCAGCUGGAAAUGGAAGCCUCCCGUGCAGCUCUCCUGUCCUCCUGGCCAGACAUGCAGGCUGGCGGGCUCCAGGCAAGCAUCCGGCACCCUGAGGCCGCCAAAUUCGUCGGCGAACUGCUAGAAUCCACUACCCAAGCGAUCAAGUCCAAAGACCCAAACCUGCAGUGCCUAGAGACGCAGAUCGAGCUUUACGACCAGCACGGUGAAUUGCGGUUGCGCCCGGAAGUGCGCUUGAAGCAGCCUGUGAGAGACAUGGAAGUCUACCCACGACUAUCGGAUCGCCACACUGUGCUGCAUGCAGUCGUUCGGGCCAGACCGUCAGCGCUGUCCGAGGAGAUCCUUUCAGAAAUGGCUAUUUGUGCGCAGACAUGUGGGGCCGGUAAUGUGGCCCAGAUCCGCAAGAGGGCCUUCGCCGGUGGUUUGCAGACACUCGGCGGGCUCCUGGACGCAGCACACCGAAGCAUGGACUUCUACACCUGGCAGAUGCGUGGAUUGCACAGUGCGGAGCUCGCAGGCUAUACUUGCUCGAUUUGCUUGUGUCCUGCAGAUUCCUUGGCCGAUCUGGCCAUGCUUCCUUGUUCGCACGUGUUUCACAGGUCUUGCGUUCUUCGCGCUUUGCGUCAGCAGCAUCGCUGCCCCGAGUGCCGGCAAGAAGCGUCGAGUCGCAGCAUGUCUUCCGUCCUGCUCGAGGUGCAGGAGCAGGAGGGCCGAGACCGUGCAGAGCACACAGAGCCCGAGGCCAAAGAACUGUCUCCCGAGUUGCGAAAGCACGGAUCGAAACUCCAUGCCAUUGCAACGUGCCUGCGCAAGAUCCGGACGGAAGAUGCCACUGCAAAGGCCAUCGUCUUUGUGCAAUGGGAAGGGUUGGAAAACAGAGUCGCGCAUGCACUUCGGACUCACCAGUUGCCUGUUCUGCAGCUUCCACGUCGGGGCGGCGGCAGGGCGAUGGCAGGAGUCAUGAAAAGGUUUUGCACAGCUGCGGACAGCUUUGUGCUGCUACUUUCCUUGGACAAUGUGGCGUCAGGAACUAAUCUCACUGCAGCUAACCAUGUCUUUUUCGUGCAUCCCAUGAAUGCCGACACACUUAGCACCGCAGUCGCCUACGAGAAGCAAGCGCUUGCUCGAGUUCGUCGUGUUGGACAGAUGAGGAGUGAAGUUCAUGUAUGGCGCUUCGUGACGCGCCAUACAGUCGAAGAGCACAUUCACAACCUCCACCAAAGACAUCAGCAGGCAGCUGGAGGCGCAUGA